CACGAAUAUAUAAUUACCCUCUUUCGUCUCAAACUCUCUCUCCGACUGCACCGUUUAGAAUUUAUGAAAGUGUUUGAGCAUGAAGAGAAGGCUAAUUGUAGGUGGUUGAUGCGUAUAGGCGCGGUCCAACACGAGGGAUGGCAACGAGGGCGCUGAUCAUUCAUGAUGCCUCGAAGCAGCUGAGCAUUUCUCUUAGGAGCAUUGUGGUUGACUUAUCUCUCAGAUAUGGCGGCAUCAUCAAGCUUCUUGUCAUAACUGAAGCUUUCACCGAUGAACACAGGUUUCAUGCUAAGGGAUGUGGCCUCAUGCUAAAAUCCACGAGCAAGACGCAUUCAAGUACUGCAACCUAUAACAAACACAAGGCAGAUAUCGAGGAAGAAACUCACAAGACGCUUGUCAGAUACUCAAACUCGGCGGAGUUUAAAGAGAUGGUGGAGGCUGCUCAUAUGUUACAGGUUGAGUUUGGGAUGACAGUGGAAGCAGGCAUGCUGAAGGAGGUUGCAGUUGAAUACGCCAAGAGCUACCAGGCCACACAUGUAAUUCUGGGAAGGAAACUGAGGAAAGAGUUAAAGUAUUUCACCAAAAACCUAUCCUGUGGAAUAUCUAGAAUCAAAUCCGACAACAGCAUUGAGAUUUUAAGACCGCCUCAAAUUGAAUGAAGCUGCCACAAAAGAGGAGAUUACUACUAACCACAAAAGUAGGGAAGAGUGGGAAAGCAGCAAGUUGGUGUGCACAUUAUGCAGAGACACAAGGGAAUGGCAUAGAGCUAAGAAGAGAUUCAGUUAUGCUGAGCUGCAGAUUGCAACAAACGGCUUCUGCCCUCAGAACUCGAUGUCUGAU